AUGCAGCCGUUGACAUCUCGAGAGACGCGCAUCGCCGCAUCGCGUAUGUGCCCCGUUAGUGAUUUAUGUGGUUUCGUUGGUGAAUGUAAUGAGUUUGGCUUAGGUGUACAAGGAGCACUUCUGUCCACCCUGAUGCAUCCGAUCCUACCACACUCGGUGUUCUUCGGUAGUGUGGCUCCUGUGAGCGAUGACUCAAUGUUGCAUGCUCUAUUUGGACGACUUGAGCCCCCAACGAUUCCAUGCAAGGUGGAGUCAAUUAGGAAUAAAAUUAUGUUGUCUAUGUCACCAUCACACGUAUGGACCCGUGAUAUGGAGCAUGUGGAAAUGCUGAAUACGGAAUCGGGCCGAACCAAUAAAGGGUCACCCUCUCGCUUGUGCAAAGCAGCGAUUUUUGAGGCCUUUUUGAAAUUGGCACCUGAUAGCCUGAAACGCAGUGGUACAUAUAUGGAAGCAAAACAGCAAGCAAUCGCCUACAAUGAAGCGAAACGUGUGCUCUAUGAGCAACUGGAAGUCGCUGGUCUCGGCAAAUGGCAGACAAAACCUGUGAAACUGGUGGAUUUCAGUCUGGACUCUUUCGUUAUGAACAUGGCUGGUGUGUUCUCGAAUAACGGGCAUUAUGGACCGGAUUUCCUUUUAUCGUUGGUUAGCUCUUUGGCGGCAAGAAAUGCUGUCACACCUCCCGAAGGGGACACGCAGGAGACGCAUUCGGACGGCUCCGAGACACCGGACGAUGUGUCGUCGGUAGUGUCAACGCCAAGCGAAGGAGCGCCACCGGCGAAACGGCGCAGAAAACCUGAUGCCAAGGAUAUCGUUCGUGUCGUCGAGGACAACGUACAGGACGACGACAGUGGUGGCAAUUCCGAGAAUGCCGCUCCGUCAGAUGAGGUGCCCACAGCCGCUGAAUCGCAGGCUGAUGAGCAUGAGCUGGUGAAGGAAGACGAAGAGGAGCACAGGAAAUUUGAUAUGAGCUUCGUUUCACCGAGUAAAGUCGAGCCGGAGAUGCUAUGCAUGUCCAUUGAUGGACGUAUAGCCGCAACGGACAAAGACGAAGGCGCGUCGACCACGGAAGUAACGGCGACUUCGCCGCCGAAAACUCCCGUCUCCUCGUCACUGCCACCAUCCGGAUCGGCUAGCCCCAGUAUGGGCACUCCAUCGAUGCCAUCACCAAGUGUGAAUUGGAGCGCUCGUAGAGAAGGAAAGCUGGCGUGUCCGACGCCGGGCUGUGACGGCAGCGGCCAUCAGACCGGUCUCUACACCCACCACCGAAGUCUAUCCGGCUGCCCACGACGCCCCGACAAGUCGACCAUUCAGAUGCUCGCCCUACAACAGGAUACGGUACUCAGAUGUACGACACCUGGUUGUACUGGGAAAGGUCAUGUGAACAGUAAUCGCACCUCACAUCGAAGUCUUUCCGGAUGUCCGAUCGCCUAUCAGCAGAAACUCAGCCGAAAAGGCGUAAAGGCUCCGCCUCCACCACGCAUGCGAAGUCCUCAUGGACAGGAGGAAUCACCGUUGGAUCUCACUUUACGCAAUUUAGAACAACAGCAUAUGACACCUAUGCCGCUAAUGCCACAGUUCAGGAUCAAUGAUGGAAGCGUUGGUCCAGCUCAACUGCCUCAGCCGCAGCGGCUCGUGCAGCUGACCACCCUCCACCCAAUCUCCACCCGCCAAGCCCUCUACUGCCCCCAGCAGCUCACCGUCGUCUCCCAACUACCGCCUCAAACAGUCGUUACAUCCAUGGCAUCGUCUGCACUUACACUGCCGGUCAGUCUAGCGGCUGAAAAUGUAACCCAACCGUCACCGGCUCCACGACCACCAACCGAAUGCGGCCAGCAGCCAAUGGGCUAA